UCAACUCUUCCUCUCAUUCACUCUUAGGCUCAAUGAUUCACCAUUCUCAUCUCAAAUCUUGAACCCUUUUUUUUUUUCACAACAACAAAAAAAUCAGUUUAUUUUCUCUCAAAUUCUCUGAUCCCAAAACUAACUAAUCAUAAAAAGUAUACAACAUUAUCUUAUACUACAACAACUACUACUACAACUACAAGUCUACAACACAAUAACAAAAACUAUGGCAUUAUCUUCAGACCUUAGCAAGAGCACAAAACUAGAAAGGUACAACAGCUACCUACGUCGUGUUAACAAUACUAAGCUCUUAGCAGCCUCGUCAAAGCUCUUAUUUCGCGCAACGCUCCUCGUGGCACUGCUCCUCGUGUUCUUUUUUACGCUCAAUUACCCUAUUACGGGUAAUGAUGCGCAAAACAAUGCAUCUAUUCAUACUACGAGCAGGUUUUUUAGCUCGGGUUUUUAUGGGUCUGGCGCAGCCUGGGAAAAACAGGUGCGCCAGUCCUCUACCCCGCGGCGCCCUAACGGGUUUUCUAUACUCGUUACAGGCGCCGCAGGGUUUGUCGGUACCCAUUGCUCCAUCGCCCUCAAAAAAAGGGGCGAUGGAGUAUUGGGACUAGACAAUUUUAACAGCUAUUAUGAUCCGUCACUUAAAAGAGCCAGGCAAAAGUUACUGUCAAGACAGCAAAUCUUUAUAGUGGAAGCAGAUCUAAAUGACAACCCAAUGUUGAUGAAGUUGUUUGACAUAGUCCCAUUUACCCAUGUGCUACAUCUUGCGGCCCAAGCUGGUGUUCGUUAUGCUAUGCAAAACCCACAAUCUUAUAUUCAAUCCAACAUUGCGGGCUUUGUUAACCUCUUAGAGGUAACCAAGGCGGCGGACCCGCAGCCCGCUAUCGUUUGGGCUUCGUCGAGUUCUGUUUAUGGGCUUAAUAAGGAUAAUCCAUUCUCGGAAACGGACCGGACGGACCAGCCCGCUAGUCUUUAUGCGGCGACGAAAAAGGCUGGGGAGGAGAUAGCCCAUACUUAUAAUCAUAUUUAUGGGCUUUCUUUAACUGGGCUUAGGUUUUUUACUGUUUAUGGGCCGUGGGGUCGACCGGAUAUGGCCUACUUUUUUUUUACCAAGGAUAUUUUGCAAGGGAAGCCCAUUAGUAUUUACAAGACCCAUGAUGGGGAGGAGGUGCAACGUGAUUUUACGUAUAUCGAUGACAUCGUUAAGGGUUGUGUUGGGGCGCUUGACACGGCGGAGAAGAGUACCGGGAGUGGGGGCAAGAAGCGAGGGCCGGCACAAUUGAGGGUUUAUAAUUUGGGGAAUACUAGCCCGGUACCGGUUGCAAGGCUAGUUUCUAUAUUGGAAGGAUUGUUGAAUGUGAAGGCUAAAAAACAUUUGAUCACAAUGCCAAGGAAUGGAGAUGUGCCCUACACACAUGCUAACGUUACCUUGGCCCGUAAAGAUUUUGCAUACAAGCCCACUACGGAUUUGGCUACUGGGCUUAGGAAGUUCGUUAAGUGGUACGUUGGGUAUUACGGGGUCCAACCAUCCGUAAAAAAGGAAACCACCUCCAAUGCAGCUAAAUGAUUAUUCAAAAAAGAAUAAUCACCAACAACGUGAUUAAUAUACUUCAACAGUUUAUUACCAAGAACAUGGGUACCUCUCUUUUUUUUUUUAAUAUAGAUUUUUUAAAUAUAAUUUAUUUUUCCUUUUGCUUGGGGAAGAAUGAUGUUGUAUCAUAGAUAUAGAAACUUUUUAAGUGUUCAUAUUAUAUAAUUAUUAUUUAUAGGAAAAAGUUUGGGGACAGAAAAAAGGUGGGAGAAAGAGUGAUAAGUGUAGAACAUGGAGAGGUGAAUAAUGGAAUUUGGAUCCACAGAAAAGGAAAACAAAUUGUAAAGCCCAGGUAGUAUUCUUGGUGGAAUAUGAUCUGCUCAAAAAGUGCAGCAGAUGAAAUUCAGAAAUGUUUGGUUGAAUAUCAAAAGUCAAUAUGGAAUUGUAACAGAAAUGAAAGAAGUAAUUUUAUGACAUCAAAGAUGUUUCCUAAUUGUUCUUUUACUGAUUUUAGAAUACAAUGUUAGAAACAAUUUUUUGUUAUAGAAUAAAGUUGUGUUCUUUUUACUUAAAUUUGUAUGAAUUGUACUUAUUACAUCUAAUUCGAUCUUUUUAAUCUUGA